GUGCAACUUGCAGACGGUCCCUAUAGCGGCAGACUCGCUUCUCUCUCUACAGCUCCCACAACCGACUCGCUUUUCAUGUAGUCCACACUGAGCUCUCGUGAUCUCACUAUUUUGGCUUUUACUGCACGGUUUUGCCAGUGAUUUCAUGGUUGCUGAUCGUUUCAAGUGCACUGCUUUUUUUAUUUUUAACAUCAUUUCGCUCUGGCCACUUUCAUCUUUUAUGCUGCAUGCAGUCGGUGGGCUACUACUCUAGUUGAUCUUUUAAUCGGAAAGUGUUUUAAUGAGAUGCAAUUUGCUUUACGAUUGAAUUCGAUGUUGCGCGUUGCUACUUUUACAGAAGUUUCUUCAGUUUCAAUAUAACAUUUUCCCUCGCCGCAUCCUGGUUGUUUGCAGCGCGCGACGGAUCAAUGGAUUAAUUAUCACAUAUUCACAUCAGUUUACACUCAACUGGCGUGUACUCUUGUUUGUUUGUAAGACUCUCUCUCUAAGGGUUUUUAAAAAUGAGCGAAAUAAACACCGAGGAGGACAGUCAACAAGAAAACGGAGACCUCGGCAGCAAGGACUCGGAGCGUCAGCUUCGCCUGAGACUGUGCGUUUUAAACGAGAUAUUGAACACUGAACGGGAUUACGUGAGAAACUUGGCAUUUCUGCAGUCGGCUUUUCUCCAGAGAAUAAGGCAGACUGCAGAAAACCAACAAUGUCUCACUCCAGAGCAGUUUAAGAUCUUAUUUUCCAACAUUGAGUCCAUUUUGGAAGUCCAUCGUGAUUUUCUUUCCACUCUGGAUGCCAGUUUGCAGCCUGAACCCCAAGCACACCAUUCUCUUGGACAUGUGUUCCUCAAGUUUAGGGACCGUUUCUCUGUGUAUGGCGAGUACUGUAGUAACCACGAGAAAGCACUCAGACUACUGAUGGAGCUUAACAAGAUCCCUCACGUACGGACUUUCCUACUGCACCUCAUGUUGUUAGGAGGAAAAAAGAGCACAGAUGUUCCUCUUGAGGGGUAUCUCCUCUCUCCCAUUCAGAGGAUCUGUAAAUACCCUUUGCUACUAAAGGAACUCUUGAAGAGGACCCCUAAGAAGCAUUCAGACUACCCAGCGGUAGAGGAAGCUCUGCAGGCCAUGAAAGCCGUGUGCUGCAACAUCAACGAGACCAAGCGACAGAUGGAGAAACUAGAGGCUCUUGAGAUAUUACAGUCCCGCAUAGAGGGCUGGGAGGGGACGAACUUGACUGAUAUAUGCACCGAACUGUUGCUCCAAGGCAACCUUUUGAAGAUAUCAGCUGGAAACAUCCAGGAACGGGUCUUCUUCCUGUUUGACAACCUCCUAGUUUACUGCAAGAGGAAGUCCCGAGUCUCUGGGAAGAAAUCCACCAAAAGGACAAAAUCCAUCAACGGGCCGCAGUACGUGUUCAGAGGCCGCAUCAACACGGAGGUCAUGGAGGUCGAGAAUGUGGAAGACGGAACUGCGGACUAUCACAGUAACAACUACACAGUGACCAGUGGCUGGAAGAUUCACAACACGGCUAAAAACAAGUGGUUUGUGUGCAUGGCCAAGAACGCUGAGGAUAAGCAGAAAUGGCUUGAUGCCAUUUUAAAGGAACGUGAACAGCGAGAGAGUUUGAAGCUUGGGAUGGAACGUGAUGCCUACGUCAUGAUUGCAGGGAAGGGAGAAAAGCUCUACCAUAUGAUGAUGACCAAGAGCCGCCACCUCAUCAAAGACCGCCGCAGGAAACUCACCAAUGUACCCAAGUGCUUUUUGGGAAAUGAGUUUGUCUCAUGGCUUUUGGAGAGUGGAGAGAUCAGUAAGGCUGAGGAGGGAAUCAACCUGGGUCAAGCUCUCCUGGAGAACGGCAUCAUCCAUCACGUGUCAGAUAAACAUCAGUUCAAGAAUGAGCAAGUGUUGUACCGCUUCCGGUAUGAUGAUGGCACUUAUAAAGCCAGGAGUGAAAUGGAGGACAUCAUCUCAAAGGGUUUGAGACUUUACUGUCGUCUCCACAGUCUCUUCACACCUGUUAUCAAAGACCGAGAUCAUCAUCUGAAAACCUUCAAAUCUGUCAUACCAGCAAGCAAACUGGUGGAUUGGCUUGUGUCACAGGGUGACAGCACAGCCCGUGAAGAUGCAGUGACCCUCGGUGUCGGACUCUGCAAUGCUGGUUUCAUGCACCACGUUCUGGAGAAAAGCGAAUUUAAGGACGAGUCACAGUUCUUCCGCUUCUACGCCGAUGAGGAGACAGAGGGUACGAGCUCCAAGAGUAAACAGCUCCGCAGUGACUUCAGACUCAUCGAGAACAUCCUUGCCAAAUCCUUAGUGAUCCACCCUGAAGAGGAGGACUAUGGGUUUGAGAUUGAAGAGAAGAACAAGGCCAUCGUAGUGAAGAGUGUGACCAAGGGCUCAUAUGCAGAGAUGGCAGGCCUGCAGCCGGGUAGAAAGAUCUACUCCAUUAAUGAGGACCUGGUGUUCCUAAGAGCUUUUUCUGAGGUGGAGACCAUGAUCAACCAGUCCUUCUGUAUACGCCGCUCGCUCAGACUGCUGGUGGCCACCAAGAACAAAGAGAUUGUGAAGAUCCCAGAUGUUCAUGGCACUCUUCCUUUUGUUCUCUGUGGUUCUUGUCCACCUUACGUUCAUGCAGUUAAGAAAGGCUCUGAGGCGGCGUCAGCGGGUCUUCAGCCCGGUCAGUGUGUCCUUAAAGUCAAUGGCAACAACAUGAACCAGAGCAGUUACCAGGAAGUCCUGGAGCACUUUAGUGGCCAUCAGCCUGUCCUGGAGCAGCAAGAUACUAGCUGUGGUCAGUGGGCGUACCGUGUGUAUGAGGAUGUGGAAGAGCAGAUGUCUUUUAGGGGGUGUGAGAAUGGCUCCGAUUCAGAGGAUGGCUGCACUAAUGGAACAGGCUCUGUAAGAAGGCUGGAACAGUUGUCCAUCUCUGACGAUGUUCCUUCAGUCAGUCUGAAUGUGGAUAAUGUUCAUGUGGAACAUGGGGUUGUGUACGAGUACGUCAGCACGGCAGGAAUCAAACACUGUGUGCUGGAGAAGAUGGUGGAACCCAAGGGCUGCUUCAACCUUGCUGCAAAGAUGCUGCAGGCCUUUGUGAAGGACGACAGUCUGUUUGUGAAGAGCUGCCGACAGCUAAUGGCUCAGAAUGAGAAGGUGGUGACCAUGCCACAGUUUGAGUUUCGGAGCAUCUGUGACACCAAGCUGGAGAGCAUAGAAAAACGCAUUUGCAGCUACAAACAGUUUGUGGAGGAAUUGCAGACGAAGGCCUGGCCCACGUUUAAGCAGGCGAGCACUAAACCUCAUGUUCUGGGCUGCAUGGACUUCGUCCCCACCAACUGUCAUCUGAACCUGAUGCAGGUGUCCUGUCCGAAGAACACCUCCUCAUCAAUCCGAGGCUUCAGCAUCCGCUUCGGACGCAAGAACUCCUUCUUUGGCCUUGAUCCUGAUCAAGCUAAUUUGAAUCCCAUGUCCCACGCCGUGCAUUGUGUGACCAGCAUGGCGGCCCCCUCCUGGAGUUGCCAGAGUUUAGAUGAAGAGACAGAGGAGGGUGAAGGGAGCAUAGAGGACGGCAGGAAGUAUGAAGAGGGAGGUCUCAGCUUCCUUCUCAAACAGGAAGACAUGGAGAGCCAGGAUAAAUACAUCUGCCUCUAUAACCGCCUGGACAUUUCAGUGCGAGAGAUGAAGCAAUAUGUGGCCCAGAUAGAUGUACUUCUGUCAUCAAUAACUGGACCGACCCAGCCGCAGGGCUCAGAGCCGCCCUCGUUUGAGAGCGCCCCCCCAACCUCUCCCAUACCAGAAGAGACGGACCAAGACAAGACAGAGCAUGGCGGGAACAAGAAAGUGUGCUUCAAAGUCAACGAAGAUGAUCAGGAGGACUCUGGACAUGACACCAUGAGCUACAGAGACUCCUACAGUGAAUGUAACAGUAACCGAGACUCAGUGCUGUCAUACACCAGCGUCCGGAGCAACAGUUCUUACCUGGGCAGUGAUGAGAUGGGCUCAGGAGAUGAGUUGCCAUGUGAUAUGCAGAUUCCUUUAGACAAGCAGGAUAAACUUCACGGAUGUCUGGAACACCUUUUCAAUCAGGUUGACUCGAUCAACAGUCUCCUGAAGGGCCCUAUCAUGAGCAGAGCCUGCGAGGAAACCAAACAUUUCCACAACGACCACAGUCAGCCAGAGUUUCGGCACACGGAUGAGUGGACUGCACAUUGGCGGUAUGUCUUGCACAAGAAUAUCCAGGAGGACCCUUGGAAUUUGCCCAUUUCAAUUAAAUCUUUAGUUAACAGCCUUCAUCGCUUCGUAGAAGAUGGAAGGAGUCAACUCUUGUUGGCGUUGCUUAAAUGCACUGACACAGAACUCCAGCUGCGGCGGGACGUCAUAUUCUGCCAGUCUCUGGUGGGGGCGCUGUGUGCAUUGGCCGAGCAGCUUGUGAAUGCUCUGAACCUGCGGUUCAACAAUAACGGAGAGUAUGAGGAGGACAGUAAAGAGGUCAGCCGGAAAUGGCUGGAGCAAAUUUCCACCAUCGGAGUGCUCUUUAACUUACAGUCAACACUUUCUCCACAUGUGAGAGAAGAGCGAAUCAUGCUGGAAGACACAAAAGCAGCACUGCAAGAUCUGGAUAAAGUCACCGUGCUGUUCCGCCCGCUGGAGAACGAGUGUCUCGUCCCAAACACAUCUGUGCAUUACCAGGUGGAAGGCAGUCGGCAGGCCAUCAGGGUGACAAUGUUCUUGGACAGCUGUCAUUUCAGUGAGCUGCCAACAAGACUGCAGAACGGAGGCUCUUUGAAGCUUCAAUCCGUCCUCUUCACUAGAGGGCUGGAGAAGCCAGAAGGUGUGUUGUCUCAGGAUUUUGUUGCCAUGGAAGAGUUUCAGCAGCGUACAAAUGCUCUGUCACUGGAGAAGGUCAAAGGUUAUUACCGCAAACUCAGGGCUUUUUAUCUGGAGAAAUCAAAUUCAGACUCAAAUUCCACUGCAGUGAAAAUAGACCAGCUCCUCCGGCCGCUUAACACCUUGGAUGACCUCUGUCGGCUCAUGCAGACGUAUAUGAAUGUAAAACCCGGCUCUGCGGGUCAGCCCUCUGGAGUCAGUGUUCUUUUGGUGUCCUCCGAACUCUGCAGCCGGCUGGGAGCCUGUCACAUCACCAUGUGUGCCACUGGGAUGCAGAGAUGUACUCUGACUGUGUCACUGGAGCAGGCUGUUACUCUAUCCAGAAACCAUGGCCUCAUGCCCCGCUGCCUAAUGCAGACCAUGGACAUCAUGCGCAAACAGGGCACCAGAGUGGAGAUCUCUGCCAAAAAUCUCAGAGUAAUGGACCAGAUGCCACCGUGUGCUCCCAGGCUCUUCAGGUUGUGUUUACCCCCCUCCGAUGGAGAUCUUUGAAUGAGGUGAUGUCUGUCUCUCAGACCUUCUAGAUGCUGGGAGAUAUCAAGACUGGCUAAUCAUUUUGAGACCAUGCCUCAGCACAUAUCAACUCCCGGCCAGCCUCAUCCAGAGAGGUCUGGCUGAGGUCAACACAACGAGGACUGAGAACCAUCCGGCCACUUUUAUCUCCUGCUCUGGCAGCUGAGAAAAUCGCUAAUGCUAACGACGCUAAUCUUGGCUAGCAGUGUCUGCCCACAUUGCUACAUUGUUUGGCCUCCUAAUGGAUCUGGACUGGCAUGUGAAUGGCUAAAUCUAACUGUAUUAUCUCUUCUUUCACCUCUGACUGCAAUCUUGCGUCAGCGAAUAGGGUGGUUUGGUAUGGAUGGCGACGUUAUGUUCAGAUACGUGGUGAUUAUGUGCAAUUACUGUAGCUUAGCAUGCAUGUGUCUGCACUGUGUCAUGGGAGGUGGAGCCCUCAGAGCGCUGUUGCGAUUCUCUCACUCAUAUCAGGUAUUUCAAAAGUACUGAAAUCAUUCCAGCCUACAUGGACCAGUUUCAAUAUCCUAAUUCUCAUCCGUCAUUGUGUUUAAAAUUCGCUUCAUUUAUGUUUAACAACACAAUUUUUUUGUGAAGUUCUAGCACCGGCGCAUUUAUGAUAAUAGCAGGGAAACAUUUGGUGGCUAUAAGCUUCUCAAACAAUACAAAAAUACAAGAUUUCACUCCAAUCAAAAUGUUGAUAUUGAAGGUUGAAACCAUUAUUGAUCAACUGGGUGAAAAAAAAGGGGAUAUAGCACUUUUUAAACAUGAAUCAGUGCUGUGUACAGUGUGUGACUGUCCCGGCUGUUUGGAAAAGCACAAUAAAAAAUGCUUGUGUUCUUCAGUGUUUAUUAAAAGUACUGUACAUUUUAGAAGAGAAAGAAAAGCAAAGGGAUCAUGUGAAGAAUCAAUAGAUAUAGUAGGAUUUUAUUGAAGUUUUGUUAUUUAGGUAAAUAUAUGUGUAUGUAUCAGAGGCAUAAGCAAAUGCUCUUUGGGAACAGCAGUGCUAUAAUUUAAAAAGUAUUAAUAAUGUUAAAACAUAUAAUAUUGUACAUCUUUCAUUUUGUAUACUUAGUGUAUAUUCGAAUAGGAAACGGUAUUGUGCUUUUACACAGUGUGUUCGAUGUUUAAUUUUCUAACUUCAGCUGUGUGGUCAGUAACCGAGAAGGCCUGGAAAUUGAACCGUGUUCCUGGAUUAGUUAAGCUAGUGUGUACAGUAUGUGACCGCUUUUGUAACAUGCAAAGUCUGCAUUUCUCUUAACAUAUAUAUAAUUAUACAGUAUAUGUUCAUUUCAGUAGUCCUGACAGUUGACAGUAUUUGCUCAAAUUUGACACAAUUUUAAGAACUCCAACAAAGAUUUGAGUAAAUAAGGUCACUUAAAGACAAUAAUGCAACAAAGCAUCAUGUCUUAAUGAAAUCUUGAUGAGACAUUCAUUGUGUUUGUAUUGUAGCUCAUAACACGUCACUGUCUGUUACAUAUCAGCAUGGAAGUUAGAAACUGCAAUUUAAAACCAUGAAAUAUUUUAAACAAUACUUGAAUUUAUGCUAAUAAAUAGUGUUUUUUCCCUCCUUGUAUCUACACAAAUUGAAGCCCAGUGCUGGUAAAAUUCUGAUUUUAACAUUUUAUUUGGUCCUCAAAGCAAAUGGUUUUUAAACUGGAAACAAGUGUUUUUAAUCCACAGAAUCUGUGCGGUGUCAUGAUAUAUUUUGAAGGUCUUUGUUGUUGCUUGUUAUUAUGCUUUAUAAUGUCCACAUGAAACCUAUCAUUUCUGUAUGAUAGACCUAAAUCUAGUAAAACCCAAAGACAUAGCAUUAGCGUUAGCAUGUUUCUGUCACUGUAUAUUAAAAUCUCAGGUUUCUGCACUAUUUCGGUCCAUUAUUGUGCGAUUAGCUUCCCCUUUCAAAAGUUGUGACUGAAUAAUUUAACCUCACUAAUCAGUCAGCUGAAACAUGCUAUGCUUGUAAUCAAAUGUGCUUUUUUUUUUGUUUUGUUUUUUUUACUUUAAACUUCUGUCCUGUUUUCAGUACUAUUUUAAGUUUAUUAUUGCCAGUUGUUAACUUCUUGACAUGAUUUCAACUGUACCUUUUAGCUCAAAGAGCAAAACAUUUUCAGUGGUGCUUACAAAUCAAGCCUUUUUUGGGAGGGCCUUAUAGUUUCUUGGUCUUUACCUCAAAUUGUUCUCUUAAUUUGACAAAUUCUGUUGGUUUCUAUUAAUAAGAGCAGUUUAAUCAAAACCUCACUGGUGGAGUGAAGAAGUAGAUCUAAUCUGCAUCUUUAAAUAUUUAACUUUAAUGUUUGACUGUGAUGUCUCUGUCUAUAUGCUGUCCUGAACUUUUAAUGAUAAAUACAUUAAAUGGCUCUUAAACUUACCUUGCUGAUAAUGUAAGAAUGUAUCCAAUUGUUUUUAACUCAAGUGUUGAAUUAAAAGCAUUGUUUAAGCUCUC